ACCACCACCACCACCUGGCCUUGGUGAGUUUUCAAUGUGAAACCAUUAAGUUAAGCCAAGGAGAAGUUUAAGCAAGGACCCAAAGUGGCUUGCCCACAGCUACUCUGUCAGUAUCCUUAGAUUUAGGACCAGUACAGUUUAUUAUUCCUGUCUGACGUUUCCAACAUCCAAGUCAGUUAUGAGUCAGUGUCAGCUGAUUGGGGCUUUGGUUUGGUUUUUUUCCAUCAUGACUGGUUAUAUGUGUGUCUGGUAAUUGGGAGGAGGGAUUUUUUUUUUCUUCCCCACACAAGGUCUAUGUAGUUUAGACUAGCCUCUAACCUCCCCUACAGCCAAGGAUGACCUUGAACUUUAACCCUCCUGCCUUCUAGUCUGAGUGAUUACUCGGGUGUACCACCACAUCCAGUUUAGUAGUGCUGGGACUGAACCCAGGGCAUGCCUACUUCGUAACUCUUCUACCAAUGGAGCUACAUCCUCAACCCUGCUGGUAAUUGUUGAUUAUAUGCCAGGCAUUGCGGUUUUUACCUUGCUAGGUGCUAGAUAUUUUAGAGUUUUCUUCGAGGAUAAAAUUAAAUUGUAAAUGGUUUGGCCUUCCUGUUAAGAUUUAAGUGGUGGGCCACUGGAAGGUCAGUGAUCUCCUACCACUGAGACAAGACCCUCCUGAGUACUGGACCUGACACCUUACAGAUCUGCGGUUUUCAGGCUGGACAGUGGUCACAGGAACCUUGUCCUGUGUAGGUAUUGUAAAUGUUCCCUCUGGUCGUCUGAGGGGCUGUUCUUUGUCCAGGCUUCUGAAGUGUCCACCCAUGAGUACUCAACAGUCCUCGGGAGGCAUCUCUGCGGAUCUCUGGGUCUUUUUCUGUGAAGCUCUCUUCUUUGUAGGGCUUUGUCCUGUCAGCCCAGUCAGCCUUCAUAGUCAACUGGACAUCUCACCUGUGAGAGCCCACUGGGCUCUCCUUCCUGCUCCCUGGCUCACGAUAGACCUUAGGCAGUCGUCUGAGACAAGAGGUUUCACCCACUGGUUCCCAUGUCUCAAGGCUCUGCAGUCUGAGAUGGGGUCUUGUAGAUGCUCCAUUGUAUAUACAGUGGCACACAGCACACAACUUGGAAUGGGUGUUUUCUUCUCCAUUCCCUGUUGGUUCCACUAAAAAUAAACCUGCUUUCUGAGCUGGACAGGAUAGUGUACACCCAGCAUCCCAGCACUUGGGAGGUAGAGGCAGGGGAAUCAAGGGUUAAAGGCCAGUCUUGGCUACUCAGCAGGUUUGACAGCAGCCUGGAUGACAUGAGACCUUGUCUCAAAACCAACAUGAUAUGGGAAGAUGGCCCAGCUAGAAGGUUCUUGCUGUACAACAUGAGAACCUGAGUUCAGGUCCACAGCACCCACAUAAAAAGCUGGGUACGGCCCCAAGUUCCUGUAAUCCCAGCACCGGGUAGAUAAAGAAUGAUUAGCCAGUCUAACCAAACUGAGCUUCAAGUGUAGUGAGAGCCAUGUCUAAAUAAGAUGGAGAGAGACUAAGCAAGACACUCACUGUUGACCUCUGGCCCCCACACAAACACCAACACAUGUCUUGACCAGAAGCCCAACUCCCCUGUUGUGGGGACGACAGCCUCUACUUGGCCAGAUCGCAGCCUCUGACCACACGGAGGCUGAACUCAACUGACAUUCCUUACAAAGGAAAAAAAAAAUUUAUUGCUGUGUCAUGUCUGACUUCUGGAAAGUUUUAUCUCCCGUGCUAUGACAAGAAUGCAGCAAAACAUGUAUUUUCUGUUUGGAAGUCUAACAUUUCUGUCCAGCAAGCCUGCUAAGAAUGUAACAUGAACUCUGGUUACUGUUUAGCUUGCUACCAUCUUGGAGCAUGCUCAACAAACUUCUUUCUGGUUGAAUUUAAUAGGUAAAUUCACUUACAGUCCAGCCACAACAGAUGUUUGGACACCUAAGGCUCUUGGCCUUGAGGCAUUGUUAUAUAGUAACCGGAGUAAUAAAGCUAUUUCCUUUAAAGAAAAAAAAAAGGAAUGUGACACUAGCCAAUGAAAAGUGUCUUCCUGAAAUGACUUUGGAGUCACUGACAGAAAAGCCCACCCCAAGGUAGUUUAGCCACAGGAAGGUGCUUAGGCGCCUAUGUGGAUGGGAGGAGCUCCGUCCAGUGGCUUUCGGCUCCUACAGACGGGGAACGCCUCUGACUCUGCUUGUCUAGAGGCAAGGCAGUCAGGUGUAGCCCCAGGACAAAGACAGACAGACAUCUUUUCCCUGUGUGCGCAAGAGUGUGUGAGGCUGGCGUCUGCACCAAUGGUGCUGGCCCUGCUCUCCGGAGAAGAAGGAAGUGAGGAAAGAAGCUGCGGGCCAGGCGGUAUCUGCCAGUGAGUGUGUGAGAGCCAGCAUGAGCACCGAGCUACCCAGUACCCAGUGGAGGAACAGUUACUUUCUAAACAGCUCCACUUCCAGUGGUCUGGGCAGGAGAUUUCCAAUAGACUGUUCUAGCCUCUCUUGGGCAGUCCCAGGAGGAAGCAGGCGUCUGUCUCUGGCAGCCUCAUUGGGCAACAGCGUGGGCUAACAGGAAGCCGGCAGCCUCCCAGCCGAGCCCAGUGAGUUUGGCCGUGAAGAUGGAAUUGGGCAGGAACUCUUCAACUCCCCAAGAAGCCAUUGCCCCUCCCGGGGUACUUGGUGCUGGACCCAGAAGCUCCCCACUGGGGAAGCUUCAAGCACUUCCCAUUGGGCCAGGUGCUCACCGAGGGGCUCCAGCUUCAGCAGGGGACAGCUCUCUGGGGGAGCCAAGUGGUGCCAUGAAGAUCCCCAACAGGGACAGUGGGAUUGACAGCCCUUCCUCCAGUGUGGCCAGUGAGAACUUCCCCUGUGAAGAGGGCAGUGGGGGCUCCCCAGGCCCUGCCAUACUGGGGUUACACCCUGAGACAGCUGUGGACAGCCAGGUCCCACAAGACACCCCCCAGGAGGAGGAAGAUAGUGGUGUGGGUGAGGAACCUGACCCCAAGAUCAUCCCUUCCGGGCCAGAGGAGAAUGUUGGCUUGACUCAGCGCUCGGAACCACAGAAGCUGCUGCACAUUGCCCAGGAGCUCCUGCACACAGAGGAAGCCUACGUGAGGCGUCUGCACUUGCUGGACCAGGUCUUCUGCACCAAGCUGACAGAAGCGGGGAUCCCUCCAGAAGUCACCACGGGCGUUUUCUCUAACAUCUCUUCCAUCUACCGUUUCCACGGGCACUUCCUCCUGCCCGAGUUGCAGAAGAGGAUCACAGAGGAGUGGGACACAAACCCUCGACUUGGAGACAUCCUGCAGAAACUGGCUCCGUUCCUGAAGAUGUACGGAGAGUACGUCAAGAACUUUGACAGGGCAAUGGGGCUGGUGAGCACAUGGACCCAGCGCUCUCCACAGUUUAAGGACGUCAUCCACAGCAUCCAGAAGCAGGAGGUGUGCGGGAACUUGACGCUGCAGCACCACAUGCUGGAGCCUGUGCAGAGGGUGCCCCGCUAUGAGCUGCUGCUCAAAGACUACCUGAAGAGGCUCCCCAGGGAUGCCCCAGACCGGAAGGAUGCUGAGAGGUCCCUGGAGCUCAUCUCCACAGCUGCUGACCAUUCCAACGCUGCCAUUCGGAAGAUGGAGAAAAUGCAUAAGCUCCUGGAGGUGUAUGAGCAGCUGGGUGGGGAAGAGGACAUCGUCAACCCAGCCAAUGAGCUGAUCAAGGAGGGCAACAUCCAGAAAUUGUCAGCCAAGAAUGGCACCACUCAGGAGCGACACCUCUUCUUGUUCAACAAUGUGAUGCUCUACUGUGUACCCAAACUAAGGCUCAUGGGCCAGAAGUUCAGUGUACGGGAGAAAAUGGACAUCUCUGAUCUCCAGGUGCAAGAUAUCGUGAAACCAAAUGCAGCACGCACAUUCAUCAUAACAGGAAGAAAAAGGUCCCUGGAGCUUCAGACUCGGACAGAAGAAGAGAAGAGAGAAUGGAUUCAGGUUAUCCAGGCCACUGUGGAGAAGCACAAACAGAAGAGUGAGACCUUCAGGGCCUUCGGCGGUGCCUGUAGUCUGGAUGAGGAGCCCAGCCUGUCCCCAGACCAGCCCAUCACGAGUGCCAGCUCUGUGGAAACCGUAGGAGCAGCCGACAGCAAUGGGGGUACUGCAGGGAUCGAGUCCAGAAAGUUGUCCUCUAAAACAAGACGUGACAAAGAGAAGCCUGGAUGUAAGAGCUGUGGUGAGACCUUCAACUCCAUCACCAAGAGGAGGUAUCGCUGCAAGCUGUGUGGCGAGGUCAUCUGUAGGAAGUGCUCCGAGUUCAAGGCUGAGAACAGUAAGCAAAGCCGUGUCUGCCGAGAGUGUUUCCUGGAAGAGCCCUUGGUCCCUGCAAGCCCUAGCUCUGAGACUCCCACUGAGCUCAAACAGAAUGCAGAGAAGCCUCCCUCUGUGGAGCCUCGGCCCAGCCUGCUCUGCAGCACCCUGCGUCUGUCAGACAAUGGUACAACCUGGCGUGAAGUGUGGGCGGACAUCCCUGAGUCAGGUCCUCAGGUGCUAGACCUGCUGGCAGGCAGCCAGGCCGGCAGACUGCUGCAUACCAUCCCUCUCUCUGGCUGUACUGUAACGGUGCCCGAGCCUGAGGAGGGGCUGGAGGCAGGGUGUGUGUGGAAGCUGCAUCGGGGCCCACAGACCUGGUGGCUGAGCGCCCCCUCCACACAGCUGCAGCGGUGUUGGCUGGAAGUCCUGAGCACCGCUGCCCGUGGGGACACAUCUGGGGACAGACCAGGUGCCUCGCAGCCCCGAGCCUCGGCAAGCACCGACACUCCAUGAUCAGGGCCUCCUGCUGUCCUUCCCAUGAUUGUGUGCGCCCUGUGUUCUUCUUGGGUGACCUUAGAAGUCACAUGAAGGAAUGAAGGACUCCUGGGACCGCUGAGGACAGACUGAUGGCCCAGAGAAGAGUAGCAGUGGGCCCUAGAUCACUCCACAAGUCUUAGACAUGAGUUGGGCUUCGGGCUCCAGCCCCGGCAUUGUGGUCAGAGCAGAGGAGAAUGGCCACUGCAAAGCAAAUGUCAUCUCAGCCCUCAAAGGCACAAGGAGGCCGGGGGGCACCCCCCAGCCGUGAUCACGUCUAACCUGAUGUGAUAUCACUCUGGGAAAGGCAGGGGUGUCUGACCUGGCCUUUGUCCAUCUACCCACUGUGUGAGCCGGACCCUGUGUGAGGUGGACCACGACCUGAGUGCCACUCCUCUGAGCUCCACACCUACACUCUGCUCUCCCCUGAAGCACUGCUCAUCUACUAUCCCUGCUGAGUGCUUGAAGGGAAAGGAGCAAGGGCCUUCUCAUCCUGCCAUUCCCAUACAGCCACACGCAGAGACUGUGAGGAGGCCGGCCCUCACCCCUGUGUGGCAGGUUGGUGAGAUUUCAGACUGGCCCCUCUAGGGGCAGGUACCAUGCUUGCCAGUAUAAAUAAAUGCUGGCCAUCAGUCUCAGGACCUUCAGAUCCACUCUUCACAGGAUUCCCCUCAAGCCAGGUGGCUAGCAGAGGGAUGGUGGGCAAAGGUGACAAAAUGGCAUGGACCACACUCUCGUCUGGGAGAGCAGUUCUGUAUCCCAGAUGCUGCAGGGAGUGGGUGAGCAGCUAGGCCAUAUGGCAGGGUGAGGAUGCUAGCAGUCAAGUUGUGGGGUUGUGACGAAGGUCAUGGGGUUCAGGGGGUUGUUGCCUCUGGAGGAAGAGGAAAUUUAGAGAACAGUGAUGGAGUUUCGGUCCUUCAGGAUUCCAGCACACUAGCAUCAGCACAGCACUGUGUGGGGACAGCUAGGCAGGCAUAAGAGCAACUACCUGGUGAGGUGAGGGGAUGCAGAGCCAGAAAUGGGUGCAGGUUAUAGGGAACACUGGAAAGCUAGGAUGGGGUGGGGCCUCAGGUGAGACGGGGGCUCAGGUAAGGUAGGAUGGGGUAAAAGUAAAGUGGGUUGGAGCAGAAGUGAGGUGGACGGGGCAGAGGUAAGAUGUGUGGGGCAGGGGUGAGAUGGACAGGAUACAAGGGUACAGGUCAAGUGUCAGAGCACAGCUGAGCCUAUGCAAGAGCCAGCUAGACCAGGCAUGGCUGCCUGGGGAUUGCUUGCAAACACCUGGUUCUCUGCUUGGCACUCACCAUGCUGAGCUGAAUGGUCCCACUUCACCCAGAGGAAACAGCAAAACAAGCUGAACACUUGCACACUUGGAGGAAGGAGGCCGGGGUCUUUUAGCUCCUACUCAAGGGAAUGCAGUGAAGACCUUGCCCAGUUCUGGAUGGGGCAGUGGUGAAGGUGGUCCAGGUGGAAAACCAAUCGAAGGAGGCGCCUUCCUUGGCUCAGCACACUCAUGGUGGACGUUCCAGAUGGCCACAGCCUUCAUGCUCUGCCCAUCUUCUGCUGCUUCCUCCUGCUCACAGACGUUCUGGCCUUUGCAGUUCAAGGAUUCCAAGUGCCUAUCCUCUGAAGAACCAGAGCCUGAGGAGGAUGCCUCUGUGGAUCCUGCCCCAGGAGGUGGACUAGUCAGCUUGCGGUUUGGGAGCCCCUGGAGCUUCCUGAGCAGAAAGGUGUAUAACUUGCUUUUCUUGUUGCUGGGACAACAUAUUGGACAAGCACCUUACAGAAGAAAGGGUUUGUUUGGCUCACAGUUAGAGGGCACAGUCCGUCACGAUGGGGAAAACAGGCUGCGGGAGCGCUGGCUGCGUUCUGUCCAGUCAGGGAGCAGGAAGGGAUGAACUGGGGUCCUACCCGCUUUCUCUUUUUUAUUUAUUCCUAAGCCGGGGAAUGUUGCUGUUCACAUUCGGGGUGGGUUUUCUCUUCUCAAUUAAACCUUUCUGGAAAGGACCCUAAUGACAUGGCCGGAAUUUUGUCAUCUUAGUGAUUCUGAAUCCUACCAGGCUGGCAACACCAACCAUCCCAAGUCUACCCCUUGUCAAUUUGACACUCAAACCCAUCACUUUUAAACCUUAUCAUUCUAUCCUUGGAAGCCUUAUUCAUUUAUUAUUUAUUAUUAUUCAUUUCAUAAAGCAUAUACAAACUUC